AUGCGGCGCAUGAGUGAGUUACAGUUGCGAAUCGAACAGCGCACGUUGGCAGCGGCGAACGACGUGUUGGCGCGAACGGCGGAGGGCGGCUGUGCGUUCGGUGCGAGGGACGUGCGUGCGAUGGUCUUCCCGUUCGAGCACUGCGUGAACUUGGCGCGCUCGGGUACCCACUUUGUCACGCGGGCGUUGAAUUUGGAGAAGGGCGUGUUCGAGUUGCGAACUCUGGCUUUCGGUACGCGUUGUUACUAUGCGAUUGUGGCGGAGAGUUUGGAGAACUUUUUGGGCUGGCGCGAGCGCGGUCGGCGUUCGCGGAUCGGCGACGAGCUGGGCGGGCAGGUGAGCUGCCUGUACGCCUGGGGCGCGAACGACCAGUUCCAAUUGGGUUUUGAGCACACAAGGCCGGGCCAGGAGAGGCGUGGGUUGGCGCUGGUUCGUUUCGAGCACACGUACACGCAGGCGCAGGCGGAGCGGUUGUGGCGAUUGCGGGCACAGGAGCGUGCGCGGGAACGGCGACACCGCCGCGAAGUGCGGGAGCACCUGAGUCUUCGGCAGCUGGUGCAGUCGGGACUGCAUCCGUCGAGCGAGGAGGAGCCGGAGGACUUCGAGGGGGGCUGGCCGAAUUUGGGUCGGCGGCGUGUGCAGCCGCCUGACUUCCGGCACCGGCUAAGUCGGAUGGUGGACUAUACUUUCCAGAUCGUCGAGGUGCAGUGCGGCGAAGACUUUGCGGUCGCGCGCACGAACGACGGCCGCCUCUUCAGUUGGGGCGACAACCGCGACGGUCGUUGUGGCCAGGGUCGUCGCUGUCUUCUCGUGCCCGCGCCGCGGAUGCUGCCCGUGCUCAACCACGGCGGCCGCCGCGUCGUUCAGUAUAGCGUCGGCCUACGACACGUCCUGUGUCUCACCGAGGGCUCCCGUGUCUUCGUCUGGGGCGCGUAUCCCUUCGUCCACCUUUUGCGCCGCGAUGGCGCCGCCACCGACUUUUACGUCCCCACACUUCUUCCGCUUGACGAGUUGCUGCACCCGCGUGUCGCGGACAAACUCGAACUCAUUCAGCGUCGCGAACAGUACCGUUACGAAGCUCUGGAGCCCGGCUUCGACUUCCGCGAGCUGCUCGUCGGGCGCCCGGAACAGCUCCCGCGGUUCGACCAUGAACCCUUCGCCACCAACUCGUUCGAGCGCCUCGACGUCGAUCUGGACGGCCGGUUGCCCGACGACGACAGCGAGGCCGGCCUCGCUCGCGACCCGCGCGGCUGGCGCGAACAGCGCCGCCUUGACCAGGCUGCCUGGGACCGGCGGCAGGCGGAGACCGCCGAGCGUCGGGCCACGCGACGUGCGCUGCGAGCUGCGCGUCGUGAACAAGUAGCCCGCCGGCGUGCGCGACGCCAUGCUCACGAAGCGGCCGUCGAGGCCCUGCGUGAAGAGGCGUACGCGCAAGCCGUUGCGCGCUACCACCGCGAGUACGACGGACUUGGCGCGGAUGAAAUCGCCGCCAAGGCCGAGACCGACCCCUCGGUGCUCGUCACGCGCACCGAAGACGGCGUCCGCGUCCGCGUCCUCGCCGACGACUUCCGCGACCCGCCGCGAGAACCCGAUAGCCCCGACGUCAUCGUCCCCGACGACAGCGAAACUGACGACGACCCCGAACUCACCACCCACUGGAACCCCGUUGACGUGGCACCCGGCGCCGGAGCUGGGGCUGUGCCUGGGGGAGCUGGGGCAGGAGGACCCGCCGGAGGACCUGGGGGAGAAUCUGGCCCCGGAUCUAACCCCGAAGGAGGGUCCGAAAAAGGACCUAGGGAAGGGUUGGGACCCGGAGGGUCUGGUGGAGCGUCCGGAGCCGGUGGGGAAGAAGCCGGAGAGAAGGGGGUGCCGCGAUUGGCGUUGGGCGAGGUGCGGCGGCAGGAGAAGUUGAAUGAGGGUCUAGGGUUGGUGGUGGGUGAGCACCCGCCGACGUUUCCGCCUGGGAGGCCGAGGGACGCGUUCCGGAUGAGUUGGCGUGGAGUGUCGCCUGCGGAGCGGCGAUGGUUGGAGCUGAUGGCGGUGGUGAAGCGUGAGACGUGGCAGGUGGUGCGCGUGGAGGCGGGUCGUGGUACGAAUGCGGUGUGGUUGAGGGCGAAGGCGGGAGAGGUGAAGGACGUGUUGCUGGUUUGGGGUCGGAACGACGUCGGUCAGUUGGGCGUGGGGCGUGUGAGUGGUGGGUUGGGGAUAGCAGGCAAGACGGCCGACUUCGGUUGGUUCCCGGUGUUCCUCUGGUUCGGCGGCGGCGGCACGUUGCGCGACGACGCUUACAAACUCGACCACCUCGCUCUCGGCCGGGACUACGCCGUCGCCUGUUGCCGCGGCUGGGGCGACCAGCAGCAACUCUUCCUGUGGGGCGCCUUCCCCGUCCUCGGCUACAAUGCACUCCGCGUCGACCCCGAGAAGGAGCCGAAAGGGCCGAAGGUACCGAAGGCGGACACGGGAAAGGCGGAGAAGGCGGGGCCGGCGUGGGUGAAGGGGCUGAAGAAGAGCGAGGCCAAGGCGGAGACGGCAAACAAGUCUCCGGAGCGCGGCGCAGAGGACCCAUACGACGUGACAGCGUGGAUGGGUGUAGCCGAGGACAAAACGGGUUACUGGGUAGUCGGUCGUGCAGCCUUUCCCUUCCCUGUGCCCAUACUGAGUCCGGUUCUGGCGGGCGAACGCAUUACCGGCGUGUCUUGCGCGCGCGGCGGGUACCAAGUGGCGGUCAACACGGCGCGCGGGGAGGCCUUUUGGUUCACGCAGUUUUUCUUGCGGGUCAAGAAGCGCGAAGGGGACGGUGCGAAACGCAUCCGCGACCAGCGUGGACAGGUCUUCACGCCCGUGCCCUUCCCCGCCCUUUGGCGUGGCGGCGAGCUGGUCCCCGACCUGUGCAGCUUCGCCACACGAGACGCUGUGGAAACGCGCCAUACCGGGUACGUGGCCUACGACAGCGCCGCCGUCCUCACCGGGCCGGCCGUGGCAAAAAAUAGAUAA